CAAACCCGCCUGGAGCCGGUGCCGGCCCGCGAACCCGGGUCCCUCUAGCCCAGUCCCCGCCCGGGUCCGGCGGGCGCGCGACGUGGGAGGAGCCGCGAACCGGCCGGACGCUGACCGGGCUGCGACUGCUGGACCCUGCCGGGAGCUGGACCCCGGCCACGGAGCGCCCCCGAGGACCCUCCCUGCCACCUCCUCCGUGGUCCGUGGCACCUGCUAGUCCCGGGCGCUCGGCGCACCAGAGCUCCCCCUCCGCCCGAGCCCGCGCGCGCCCGGCCCCGGGGGAGCCCGCCCCCGCCCCGCGGCGCUGCUGGGCCAUGCUCCCCCGGGGCAGCGCCUGAGCCCAAGCCGGGACCCGGACCGAGCCCGCGCGGAGCAUGGAUCCCGGCUGGGGGCAGCGGGACGUGGGCUGGGCGGCCCUACUGAUCCUCUUCGCCGCCUCACUGCUCACGGUGUUCGGCUGGCUGCUCCAGUACGGCCGGGGCUUGUGGCUGGCGCGGGCCCGCGGGGGCCGGGGACCCACCUUAGCGGCGGAGCCCGCGGGUUCCCCGAGGGAGCUGGGCGUUUGGCGCUCGCUGCUGCGCCUGCGGGCGGCUCGGGCCGGCACCGCCGAGGAGCCAGGCGUUCGGGGCCUUCUGGCGUCGCUCUUCGCCUUCAAGUCUUUCCGGGAGAACUGGCAGCGGGCUUGGGUGCGAGCGCUGAACGAGCAGGCCUGCAGGGACGGGAGCUCCAUCCAAAUCACCUUUGAGGAGGUGCCCCAACUACCACCCAGAGCCAGCAUCAGCCAUGUGACCUGCAUUGACCAAUCAGAACGCACCAUGGUGCUGCAUUGCCAGCUGUCUGCUGAGGAGAUGCGGUUCCCGGUCUCCGUGACCCAGCAAUCCCCCGCUGCCGUCUCCAUGGAGACCUACCACGUCACUCUGACACUGCCACCAACACAGCUGGAAGUCAACCUGAAGGAGAUUCCUGAGGAAGGACUGCUUGUGUCCUGGGCCUUCCCCGACCGCCCAGAUCUCAGUCUGACGGUGCUUCCUAAGCUGCAGGCCAAGGAGAGAGAGGAGGAGGAGGUUGAGCUCUCCGUGAUUGAAGAGCUCAUCAAGGAUGCCAUAGUCAGCACCCAGCCAGCCAUGAUGGUCAACCUCAGGGCCUGCUCCGCCCCAGCAGGCCUGGUGCCCAGUGAGAAGCCACCCACGAUGCCCCAGACCCAGCCAGUCAUUCCCAGACCUACUCGGUUAUUGCUGCGGCAGCUUCGAGCAGCUCACUUGGGAAGUGAGCUGGGAGGCUCCGAAGAACUGUGCUGUGUAGCUGAGCUUGACAGCCCCAUGCAACAGAAGUGGACCAAGCCCGUGAGGGCUGGCCCUGAGGUGGAAUGGACAGAGGACUUGGCACUGGAUCUGGGACCACAGAGCCGGGAGCUAAGCCUCAAAGUGCUGAGGAACAGCAGCCAUGGAGAUGCUGAGCUCCUGGGCCAGGCCACACUACCUGUGGGCUCUCCAUCCAGACCACUGUCUCGAAGACAGGUGUGUCCACUCACGCCAGGGCCAGGGAGAAUUCUGGGCCCAGCAGCCACCAUAGCAGCAGAGCUUCAGUAUGAAGAGGGCUCCCCCCGAAACCUGGGCACACCCACCCUCUCCACUCCCCGUCCCAGCAUCACUCCCACCAAGAAGAUCGAACUGGACCGCACCAUCAUGCCUGAUGGCACCAUUGUCACCACCGUCACCACCGUCCAGUCACGGCCCCGUGUUGAUGGCAAACUAGACUCCCCCUCCCGCUCCCCGUCCAAGGUGGAGGUGACUGAGAAGACGACCACUGUGUUAAGUGAGCCUGGUGGCCCCGGCAGUACUUCUCCCAGCAGCAGCCCAGGGGAGAGCCACCUUUCCAACGGCUUAGACCCGGUGGCAGAGACGGCAAUUCGUCAGCUGACUGAGCCCAGUGGGCGGGCAGCCAAGAAGACGCCCACCAAGCGCAGCACUCUCAUCAUCUCGGGGGUUUCCAAGGUGCCCAUUGCCCAGGAUGAGUUGGCACUGUCCCUGGGCUAUGCAGCCUCACUGGAAGCCUCCAUGCAGGAUGACCCAGCAGGGACCAGUGGUGGUCCCUCCUCCCCUCCCUCCGACCCACCAGCCAUUUCUCCAGGAGCCCUAGAUGCCCUCUCCAGCCCCACAAGCGUCCAGGAAGCAGAUGAGACCACGCGCUCGGACAUUUCUGAGAGACCAUCUGUGGAUGACGUCGAGUCAGAAACAGGGUCUACUGGAGCCCUGGAGACACGCAGCCUCAAGGACCACAAAGUGAGUUUCCUGCGCAGUGGCACGAAGCUUAUCUUCCGCCGGAAGCCUCGACAGAAGGAAGCUGGUCUGAGCCAAUCCCACGAUGACCUCUCAAACACGACGGCCACGCCCAGUGUCCGCAAGAAGGCUGGCAGCUUUUCUCGCCGCCUUAUCAAGCGUUUUUCCUUCAAGUCCAAACCCAAGGCCAAUGGCAACCCCAGCCCCCAACUCUGAGGACCCUCUCCACCUGCUGGGCUAGGAAAGAGUGAGAGUUCUCUCAGCCCAUUCCCCUCAUCCUCCUGCUGUCCCCCUUCCUGGAGUCCCAGUGCUGGGGUCAGGAAGGUCCUUGGGGUUCCAGGAAGCCCUAUCCACCCUGGGCCAUGGGGCUAGUUGGAAGGGUCCCUGUAGUGGGAUGCAUGUGAGAAGUGGGCACCCGUUGUCAAGGACACGGGAGGGGGAGUUGGUGGCUGGGAGCAGGAGUGGUUUCUGUCCUGGCACACAUAACAUUGCUCAGGUGCACUGGCCUGGUGACACUGGGCCCUGAGCACAGUCCCAGGGUGCUCCCCCCCACCUCCCUUAUUUAUUCUUUUUUAUUUAUAUGUGUGGUCUAGGACCCUCAGUAAACAGGUGACAAAGGGCAUCUCCUAGGUGGCCCUUCUCUUCUGUCCCAAGAGGGUAGGCAAGUCCCAUCAGGACGGGGCCCUGCGCCUCCCUCAUGUCCCCACUCUGACCAGCACCAAUGUCUGCCCCUGAGGACAUGGGCAGCUCAUAGGAAGCCGGGCCAAUGCCCGGGAUGGGGGGGGCAGGUACUCCCCACUCCCCUCCUCCCCUCUGCUCCUCGUCCCUCCCUCCCCUUUCUUACCGUUUUUUGUACUUGAUGCCUUCUCCAUGAGCAGUGGCUUGGUUAGAAGGAGGGAGUCAGGAGCCUGAUGGGAAACCUUCCCCCCCCCCGGGGGAGAUGGUCCGAGUGCUUUAUUUAAAGACGGAUGGUGGGAGUGAGGGCAACGCUGCACCUCUGCGUGUCGGGAGAUAAUGAUGAUAUCCAUUGCUGUGUGAUGGCUUGGAGUUUAACUUAUUAAAUUAAAGUCAAUCUGGAGUUUA